AUGUCGACGAACGAGACAUUUUACCUCCGUUACUACUCAGGUCACUCUGGGCGGUUCGGGCACGAGUUCCUAGAAUUCGACUUCCGAACCAUUGCCGACGGCAGCAGCGCUGCUGUGCGAUAUGCCAAUAACUCCAACUACCGAAAUGACUCCCUGAUCCGCAAAGAGAUGUGUGUGAGCUCGGCAAUGAUUGAGGAAAUCAAGCGCAUCAUCAAGCAGAGUGAGAUCUUGAAGGAGGACGACUCCAAGUGGCCGCAGAAGAACAAGGAUGGCCGUCAGGAGUUGGAGAUUCGAUUGGGCAAUGAACACAUCUCAUUCGAGACCGCGAAAAUCGGCUCCUUGGUGGAUGUGACUGAAUCGGAUGACCCUGAAGGACUUCGAGUGUUUUACUACCUGGUGCAAGAUCUCAAGGCGCUGGUGUUCUCGCUCAUUUCCUUGCACUUCAAGAUCAAGCCCAUCUAA